CAGAGGUGGACGAGGACGCGAUGGUGGUACGGUGAAAAAGUGUGCCGUGACCUCGAACAAGGUCCCGUUAUCCAAGCCGAAGCCUUGGACACGGUCGCCCUCAGUCUUGACUUGGAAGUCAAGCAAAGAUGAUACUGCUGCUCGCCUGCCUCAGCCUCUUGAUCGGUCCCGGUGAACUGGGUGUUCUGAACAAUGGACAUACAGCAAGCGUUACCGCGUUACUCGGCAUAGGUGUGCUGCCUUUUCCUACGCUCGCCGCUGGACCCAGAUACGUUCCCAAAUGGAAGAAGCAAGCCUGUGAGAUACCAGCCUCUCAGCAUCCAAACUCGCACUACGUCUGCGACGAGGCAGGAGAGGUACAAUGUUUACCAGGAUGGACUGGCGAUUUGUGUGACGUACCAAUCUGUCGAAAAGGAUGCGACCCUCUUCAGGGUUACUGCCGUCGACCAGGCGAAUGUCGCUGCAAAUUGGGUUUCUACGGUGAGCUUUGCGACAAGUGUGUAGCUCUGCCAGGAUGUCAACAUGGCAGCUGCAACGUGAGUUUCGAGUGCUCGUGCGAUCCAGGAUGGAAAGGCAUGUUCUGCUCGGAACCGAUCUGCGCCUCCGAUUGUCUGUCCAGCCAAGGGUACUGUGAGAAGCCCGGGGAAUGCAGAUGUCGGUUGGGUUGGCAAGGGCCAAAGUGCAAACAAUGCGCCGUUCUGCCAGGUUGCGUGCACGGGACGUGUCAGGGCCCGCUCGAGUGUCGCUGCGAACCUGGCUGGACCGGGCUUCUCUGUCAAACGCCGAUUUGCUCGCAAGGAUGCAGCCGAGAGUACGGUGGUUGCCGUCGUCCGGGGACGUGUAGGUGUCGCGUGGGCUGGACAGGCCCGAACUGCACCGAAUGCGUCCCUUAUCCCGGCUGUGUUCACGGUUCCUGUAAACGGCCGUGGGAGUGCCGAUGCGAGGCCGGAUGGGCGGGUGAUCUAUGCAACGAGAAGCUGACUUACUGCGACGAGCAUCCGACAAUCUGUCGCAAUAACGCGACUUGUAUCAGCAUGACCAAGGAGGACGGGAAUUACAGAUGCGUGUGCCCUCUUGGCUAUAUGGGUCGUCAGUGUCAGAUUAAAACGAUGGUACCGUCGACCGAGUUGACGCCGCCGAUGCCGGAUUCGGAGCCGAGGCCUGAAAUGAUGUCGAUGCAGCCGGAAGCGAACGAGAGGCCUCAAAGUUUGGACGAGAAGGAUAAAAAUAAGGUGAAGAACGAGGAGCACACGGUCGAACCUCUCGGGCCGAUUGUUAUCACGGAUCCACCACCGUCCACUAUCGACCCUGCCGCAACUGUAGGGAAAUGGCCAACCGAGCCACCCACGGAGCUGCCGAUCACCGAGAGAGACGAUGAAAACGAGACGUAAUUAAACGUUUAACCUCGAAGCCCCUAUAUACGCUUCGAUUGUUAUUUAUUUUAUUGUAAUUUAUUUAUUUAUUAUCGUCGUUGCUAAUAAUUUAUGUAAUCGAUAAGGAUCUUUUUUUUUUAUCACGCGCGUGAAAAAAG